AGUUACCUCCUCGGAUGGAUGGAUGGAUGGAUGCCUUCUCCCUCCUCACUCAGCCUUCCUUCAUUCCUUCCUUCCUCGCAGGACGAGCCCACCUUACGCCGGGAAAAACUCUUCUCUCCGCGCCUGCCAUCUCACAAUCUCUGAGGAUACCUGCCAUAGAUGUGGGUGAAACGUCAGGAGAGAAUGCUUCUGGAACAUAGCCUUACCACCCGGAAAACUCACAGCAGCCAGAUAACUGUAUCGUCUCUGCCUGAUUAUGGACAAACUGAAGGAGUUAAAUUCAGAGAGAUGUCCGAGACACUCAUCCGUUUGUAACGUGGAGCCCUCUCUCCUGAGCUUUGAACUUCUCAUCCAAAAAGUCUGGUUUUCAAUCAAGGCUUCAAGGUAUAUUCUCAAGCUUACUUGAAGAUCUAAAAUCCAUCAUGACGCAGUACAACUUGUCUGCAAACUUGGCUUUCAAGGACAUGUCCAACAAGUCUCUCAACGGCAGCCGCAUGCCAGGGGACUGGGACGAGGAUGCCUUGGGCUUAAAGAUCUCUCUUGCUGUUGUCUUGGCUGCGAUCACUCUGGCGACAAUGCUUUUCAACGUCUUUGUUAUCAUCACAAUUAUUCUUACCAGAAAACUCCACACUCCUGCAAAUUACCUCAUUGGCUCCUUGGCUGCCACAGAUCUUUUAGUGUCGAUCCUUGUCAUGCCGAUCAGUAUUGCUUACACCGUCAGCCACAUCUGGACCUUUGGGCAGAUCAUGUGUGACAUCUGGCUGUCCUCGGACAUCACCUGUUGCACGGCCUCCAUUCUGCACCUUUGUGUUAUCGCUUUGGACAGGUAUUGGGCCAUCACGGAUGCUCUGGAAUACAGCAAGCGCCGGACGGCUGGUAGAGCCGCCCUGAUGAUUGCCAUUGUUUGGGUGAUCUCUAUUUGCAUCUCCAUGCCGCCCCUUUUCUGGAGGCAAGCCAAAGCUCAUGAAAUACUGACAGAUUGCAAAGUGAACACAGACGAAAUCUCUUACACUAUCUACUCUACCUGCGGAGCCUUCUACAUCCCAACGGUGUUGCUCCUUAUCUUGUAUGGCAGGAUUUACAUGGCUGCUCGGUCUCGAAUUCUGAAGCCGCCCUCUCUGUAUGGCAAGCGGUUCACCACGGCCCAUCUCAUUGCCGGCUCGGCAGGCUCUUCUCUUUGUUCCCUUAGCUCCAAUCUCCAUGAAGGGCAUUCUCAUUCCAGCGGCUCACCGAUGGUUAUCAACCACGUGGCCAUCAAAGUUGCCAAUAACAUCCUAGAGAGGAAACGGAUUUCCGCUGCGCGGGAGAGGAAGGCAACGAAAACGCUGGGGAUUAUUUUAGGGGCAUUCAUUUUCUGCUGGCUCCCCUUCUUCGUGAUGGCUUUGGCGCUGCCCAUCUGCCAGGAUGCCUGUAGCAGCCCCCCUGCCCUCUUUGACUUUUUCACGUGGUUGGGCUACCUGAACUCCCUCAUCAACCCCGUGAUAUAUACAGCUUUCAAUGAAGAAUUCAAACAGGCUUUUCAGAAAAUGAUACGAUUCAAGAAAUGCUCCUAGCUGUCUGGUUUUUAACCAAAUCACCAAUUCAUAACUUUCCUGCCACCUAUAUACAGUAGAGUCUCACUUAUCCAAGCUAAAUGGGCUGGCAGAAACCUGGAUAAGUGAAUAUCUUGGAUAAUAAGGAGGGAUUAAGGAAAAGCCUAUUAGACAUCAAAUUAGGUUAUGAUUUUACAAAUUAAGCACCAAAACUUCAUAUUAUACAACAAAUUUGACAGAAAAAGUAGUUCAAUACACAAUGUUGUGUUGUAAUGACUGUAUUUAUGAAUUCAGCACCAAAAUAUCAUGAUAUAUUGAAAACAUUGACUACAAAAAUUUAUUUAUUUAUUUAUUUAUUUACAGUAUUUAUAUUCCGCCCUUCUCACCCCGAAGGGGACUCAGGGCGGAUUACAAUGAACACAUAUAUGGCAAACAUUCAAUGCCAACAGACAAACAACAUACAUUAGACAGACUCAGAGGCAUUUUUAACAUUUUUCCAGCUUCACGAUUCCGGCCACAGGGGGAGCUGUUGCUUCACCAUCCAGUAGUGGCUGUACUUCCACAUUCCUUUCCUCGUGUUUUGCUGGCAGUUUUAUGGUGUUGUAAAUUAGCCUCCCGCAUAAAGUGUCCCUAAAUUUCCCUAAUUGACAGAUGCAACUGUCUUUCGAGGCUGCAUAGGUCAACAGCAAGCCAGGGCUAUUAGUGGUCGGAGGCUUAACCCGACCCGGGCUUCGAACUCAUGACCUCUCGGUCAGUAGUGAUUUAUAGCAGCUGGUUACUAGCCAGCUGCGCCACAGCCCGGCCCCAAAAUGGCUUGGAUUAUCCAGAGGCUUGGAUAAGCGAGGCUUGGAUAAGUGAGACUCUACUGUAUGUAGUUUUCUCUGAGUUUCAUGAUAAAGUAUUGCUCUCUUAGUUUCGUCGGCUGUAUUCAGGCAAUCCUAUCUUCCUUUGGAGAAAGUGGUGGGUGACCAGACUCUGUGUUUUAGUGAAGAUCUGACACUCUUUGAUAUAGUAAAAAGGUUUCUUAUAUACCAUGUUUCCCCGAAAAUAAGACAGUGUCUUAUAUUAAUUUUUGCUCCCAAAGAUGCUCUAGGUCUUAUUUUCAGGGGAUGUCUUAUUUUUCCUUGAAGAAGAAUUCACAUUUAUUGUUGAACAAAAAAAAAAGAACAUUUAUUAUAUACUGUACAGUAGUUGUCAUCACAAACCAGCAUAACCAGACAAACUGUGAAUCAUAUCAAGAAUUUCUUGUUACUACCAAUAUUUCCAUGUACAACACUCUAUGGUACAUACAUUUACCGAUCCUACAUGCUCUGGUGUUCUGUUUGUUGGGCAUGCUUUCAAACAAAAACUUUGCUAGGUCUUACUUUCGGGGGAGGCCUUAUAUUUAGCAAUUCAGCAAAACCUCUACUAGGUCUUAUUUUCUGGGGAUGUCUUAUUUUAGGGGAAACAGGGUAGCAGACAUGGAGUAAAGCAGAGAUCGUAAUGAUCCAUAAGGAAGGAAUAUAAAAAACUAUCACCCUAUUUCAUUAUUGAAUUUAGACUAUAUUUUUUUUGGCAAAUAUUAUGGCUUCUAGAUUAAAGGAUUUUCUACAAGGUUGGAUCAGGGAAGAACAAAUGGGCUUUCUCCCAAAUAGAAACUUAAAAGAUAAUAUCAGAACAAUCUUAGACAUAAUCGAAUAUUACCACAAAAAUAACCAAAAGGAAUUGGCCUUAUUGGCAAUCGAUGCAGAGAAAGCCUUUGAUAACCUUAAUUGGGAUUUUUAAAAAAUUAUUAUUUCAGGAACUUGACAUGGGCUUUCAUUUCAGUAAUGCUAUUGCGGCAGUAUACAAAAAACAGUCUGCAAGAUUAAUUAUUAAUGGCUUUGGGAUAAUAAAAAGGUUUCUUAUAUAGCAUAUUUCUUGCUGAUGUUGUUCCAAAAAGUUGUAAAUGACUGACAGGUUGUUUUGCAGCUAAAACAUGCUGACUCCAUCAGUUCCGGACAGAUGUUAGUUUUUUUUCUUAAGUAAGAAACAUUGUCUGACUUCCUUAACUUAAAAAGAGUUAUUGUCUUUGAUCAUGUAAACAUGUUGUUUUCCACCAAGAGUUCAGCAGUCAAUCAUUGCCAUGUCAGCCAUUCCCAUCAGCAACUUUUCUAAUCACAGUUAAGCAGUUAAUAAAUUCUUAACCUCC